AUGUAUUAUUGUUUAAAUGAUCUCUUCCGUCAAAGUACAAUGGUAUGUACCGAAAAAACCGGCCUACGUAACUUGUAUUCCAUGCUGGCAUACUGCACACAGGUUUCGGAAUGUCGGCGCGCGAUCAUCGCGGAACACUACAACGUAGAAUGGAAUUCAUCAGUGUGCAAUAAAAUGUGUGAUAUCUGUUCCGAAUCCGGCGACACUGUUUCGAAGUCGGAUACAAAUCGUAUUACGGGUAUGAAAUUGGCUGAAUUGUCAUGCAAGAAAAGUAGGAUGAGCCGAGAAUUAAUUGAGUAUGUGAUUGCAAAACUCAUCCUGGAUGGCUAUCUUAAGGAGGAUUUUCAUUUCACGCCGUACUCAAUCAUCAGCUAUGUUGUGCCCGGUGAAAGAAGUUCAUUAGCCAGUCAGAAUCCGGGCAUUAAAAUAACAUUCCCUAUUUCUUCGAAGUUGGUAACACCCAGCGGAAAAACGAAAACAACCCGUAAAAGGCCACUACUUGUUGAUGAUGAUGAUGACGAUGACACUGUUGUUGAUAAUAGUUGUGAGCAUGAAAAUAGUGAUGACAUAAUUCCUUUAUGA